AUGGCCAAAGAACGUUCAGCUAUCAGCAAAAGCAUGGGCAAAAAGCGGGUAUCUGGCACUCAUGUAUCGGGCCUCUCUUCAUCAAAGACUGCCACAAAAAGAAAGGAAGCACCUGUCAAAUACGGAAAGCUAUCCAGAAAGCAAAAGCAAGAUUUAGAGGAUUACGGAGAGCUCGUCCCUAAAGACUUUGAGGAGGACGAAGCAGACAACACAAAACGCAGACGAGUUAUAUCUGAGGCUGAUUUGGAUCGAGAAUUGGAUGAAGAAAGACGCAGAGCCGAAGGUCAAUUUGAGGAUUCAGAGGAGGAAGAUGAUUUCGAUAGUGAGGAAGAAGAAGAGGAGGACUGGAAGAAGCCGUCUGCCUACUCCCUGUUGAUGGGAUCAUUGAAGAAGAACUCCAAGCAAAAGGAUUUCUAUAAGAAGAUUCAGCGUGAGCAAGAAGGGAUUGAGGAUGUCAUUGAAAGUGCAGAUGAGGAACUUGUGGAUGAGGAAGAGAUCGACGAGGAAGCCGAACAAGAAAUGGACGACAUGAGUGAAGGCGAGCAAGAUGACGACCAAGAAGAGGAAGAUGUGGAGGAUGCUGAACCAGUGGACGGUGAUGCGCCUGAUUCCCUCGAGGAAGACGACGAGGAAGAAGAGGAGAUUGUCUAUGUAGGCAGUGAUGCUGAAGAGGAUGAUGCGUCAGAUGAUCUUUUCGAGCGAAGGUUUGCCGAUCAACAACCUGCUAGUUUUGACGAAAAAAUCUCCACCAUUGAGCAAAAGAAAUGGGUAUCACAAACAUUUGAGGAUGAAGUUUUGAAGGACGUAACUGCAUUGACUACCAUUGCUGAUAACACUGUCAAAGAGAUGCCCAAGAUUGAAAGUUUGGAGGAUGUCCAUGUGAAGCAGCGUAUUGCUAAAUGCUGGCCAACGGCAAACAAGCAAGUCAUCAAAAAAACUGUUACAUUUACGCCUCUGCAAGAUCACCUCUUCAAUCAAAUGAACAACUACCGCGAUAUAGUGUUCUGUAACCGUAGUUUGAGUAAUGCUAAGGAAAUCAGAAAUGCCUACGCUCUUCAUGCAUUGAAUCACAUUACCAAGACAAGAGACCGUGUUCUCAAGAAUAAUGCUAAAUUGAGUAAAGCACAAAAGGAGGGCACAGAUGUUGGCGAGAUGCGUGACCAAGGCUUCACUCGUCCCAAGGUGCUGAUUAUCCUGCCCUUCAGAAACACAGUAGUCGAUCUUGUGGAUACAUUCAUCAAACUAUCUGGAACAGAGCAACAUGAGAAUAAGAACAGAUUCUUUGAGCAGUUCAAUUUGCGUGAAGAAGAAGCCAUUGACACAAGCAAGCCUGCCGACUACUUGCAAAAUUUCCAGGGCAAUAUUGACGAUCAUUUCCGGUUGGGCAUCAAGUUUGCAAAGAAAUCAAUGAAAAUUUACUCUGAUUUUUACAAUGCGGAUGUUAUCAUUGCAUCGCCUUUGGGUUUGCGUACCUUGAUAGGUUCUGAAGGUGACAAGAAGAGAGAUUUCGACUUUUUGUCGUCUAUUGAAUUGGUCAUUUUGGAUCAAACCAACCAUUUCUUAAUGCAAAACUGGGAGCACAUUGAUCAUAUCUUUCAGCAUCUCAAUCUGAUCCCUACUGAUGGGCAUGGCUGUGAUAUUUCUAGAAUCAAGAGUUGGUAUUUGGACGGAAAAGCCAAAUAUCUUCGUCAGACCCUUGUGUUUGCUGAUUUCUUGACGCCUGAAUUCAAUGCACUGUUUAACAAAUACAUGAAAAAUGUGGCAGGAAAGCUGAAAAUCAAGCGCACUUAUGAAGAAGGAUCAAUUUUAGAUGUCAUUCCUCAAGUGCAACAGAGCUUUACUCGCAUUGAUGCCCCCUCUUUGAAAACCAUCAAUGAUGUGCGAUACAAGUACUUUAUUGAAAAGACACUACCAACGCUUCGUAAAUCAGCCAUCAUGCAAUCACAUACCCUCAUCUUUAUCCCGUCUUAUUUCGACUUUGUGAGAGUGAGAAACUACUUUGAAGACAACAAAUAUUCUUACGAGCCAUGUUCAGAAUACGCCUCAGGCCCUGCCAUCACUCGAUCAAGAGCACAAUUCUUCCAUGGUAGAUCCAAUUUCUUGUUGUAUACCGAAAGAUUGCAUUUCUUUAGAAGAUACAAUAUUCGUGGUACUUUCCAUGUUGUCUUUUACGGGCUUCCAGAAGACCCUUUGUAUUAUACUGAAAUUGUCAACUUUUUGGGCCUCAAAUUUGAUGAAGCGAGUGCUGCAGAGGAGGCAACUUUCUCUUGCACAGCCUUGUUCUCAAAGUACGACUUUUUGAAACUGGAACGUAUUGUUGGUACUGAGAGAGCAAAAAAGAUGUGCACUGCUCAAAAGAAUGUGUUUAUGUUUGCAUAA